AUGACCAACAGGUGGACCCUCCACAUUGCAUUCCUGCUGUGCUUCUCCACCACUGCCCUCUCCAUCGACUACAAGCAGCUCCAGUUCCGACAAAGCACUAGCAUUCGGACAUGUCAGAAGCUCCUGAGGCAGCUGAACGGAAGGCUCAACCUCAGCUACAGGACGGACUUCAAGAUCCCUAUGGAGGUGAUGCACCCGUCACAGAUGGAGAAGAGUUACACUGCCUUUGCCAUCCAAGUGAUGCUCCAGAAUGUCUUUCUUGUCUUCAGAAGCAAUUUCUCCAGCACUGGGUGGAAUGAGACUAUUGUUGAAAGCCUCUUGGAUGAACUACACCAGCAGACAGAGUUUCUGGAGACAAUACUAAAGGAAAAGCAAGAGGAAAGAUUGACUUGGGCGACAUCCACGACUACUUUAGGCUUGAAGAGCUAUUACUGGAGGGUACAAAGGUACCUUAAAGACAAGAAGUACAACAGCUAUGCCUGGAUGGUGGUCCGAGCAGAAAUCUUCAGGAACUUUUCCAUUAUUCUAAGACUUAAUAGAAACUUCCAGAACUGA